AUGUACAGUUUAAGCAUUUUGAUUGUUCUAGGGGGUAUCCUGGGGCUGUAUGUCCUGUUGAAGUCAAAGGCACCACGAGCCCCUCUCCCUCCGGGCCCAAAAGGUCUGCCCAUUAUCGGCAACGUUGGUAGUGAUCUUCCACGCGGGGGUAAAGAUUGGGAACAUUGGCUGAAGCAUAAGGAUCUAUAUGCUAAUGCGAUCCGCAGAGGGAUCGGGGGAGUCAUACUGAAGGUCGCGUACGGUUAUACCGUCGAGUUUCAUGAUCCAGAUCCGCUCGUUGAUCUCGUGGGCAAGACAGCAUUUGCAUUCGGCAAGAUAAAUCAGCCAACAGGUUAUCUGGUAGACAGUAUCCCCGCCCUGAAAUACCUGCCGAGUUGGUUUCCGGGGGCUAGGUUCAAAAAAGAAGCCCAGGAGUAUCGACGCAGAUUUGACGCAUUGGCCAAUUGGCCGUUCGCCUUUGCCCGACAUCAGAUGAAGGAGGGCAGCCAUGAACCUUCAUUCGUUUCCAGGCUGAUUGAGCAGAAAGGCUCGCUACUUAGCCCCGAGGAGGAGUUGAAGAUCAAAUGCUCGGCAGCUUCAGUCUACCAAGCCGGUUAUGAUACGACGGCAUCUACCAUCACAUCCUUCUUUCUGGCAAUGGCGCUGUUUCCUGCCGCACAGCACAGGGCCCAGGAGGAAAUCGACCGAGUUGUGGGAGCAAAGCUACCUACGCCUGAAGAUCGGGGGAAACUACCCUACGUCAAUGCGCUCAUCAACGAGGUUCUACGCUGGAACCCAGUGGUUCAAAUUGGCAUUAUGCACGCAGCCACAGAAGAUGACAUCUACGAGGGCUACCUGAUCCCCAAAGGGGCCCCGAUAGUCCCCAACAUUUGGGCAUUUGCGCACGAUCCCGACGUAUACUCUGAUCCCAUGUCAUUCAGGCCCGAGCGCUUCUUGGCAUCGGACGGACAUACACCAGAACGUGAUCCGCACACGUUGGUCUUCGGAUUUGGUCGCCGGAUUUGCCCCGGUCGUCCACUGGCUGACUUCAAUAACUUUCUUACGAUCGCACGAUCCCUCGCAGUCUUUCAGAUUCGAAAGGCCAUGAAAGACGGCAGGGAGAUCGACCCUAUUAUAGAUUAUCAGGAGGGAAUCGUUGGUCACCUAUCGCCCUUCGAGGUUAGCAUCCAACCGCGAAGCGCGAAACACGAAGCCCUCAUCCGUUCCAUUGAGGUUGAAGAUUCCAUUUCACAAGGUGACUCGGCAUACAUCAUGCGAGACACUAGACGCACCGGCCUCAACAUCGCCUUUGUCUACGAUCCAAAGGAUUACUAUGAAUCCAUAGGAUUUUCCAAGAGUGAAUGCGCCGACCUAGCUGACGAUGUGACUAUCAACGGUAUAGCGUCAGCUCUCGAAAGUCUCGGCCACCACGUGGUCCAUGUUCCCGGGAUCAAAACUCUCGUCAAGCAUCUCUCAGCAGAGCAUCAUAAGCAAUGGGAUCUUGUCUUCAACUACAGCGAAGGAGUAUUUGGCUCCGCUCGUGAGUCGCAGGUUCCCGCCCUAUUAGAAGCCUAUCAGAUCCCUUUUACCUUUUCCGAUGCUGCGACGCUCGCAACGGGUAUUGAUAAGGGAAAAACCAAGAUGCUAUUAGAACACUAUCGGAUCCCAACAAGUCCAUUUGCCAUCGUCCCCAGAUCCGGCGAACUCGUCGACUACGCCGCCCUGGCAGACCAGAUACCGUAUCCUCUCUUUGCAAAGCCAAUCGCCGCAUCCACCUCAAACGGCAUAUCACCAUCGAACAAAAUCCUCCGAAAGGAAGAUCUUCAAGAUGUCGUUGAGGACCUCCGCACCGAAUUCAAAGAUCAGGAAAUAAUCCUCGAGAAAUUCCUAGACGGCCGCGAAUUCACCGUAGCCAUCCUUGGGAGCGGCGAUCGAGCCCGAGUACUGGGGGUCUCCGAGGUGACAUGGUACAAUCCGGAGGGAAGAAAGAGUGAUGACCUCUCAGUUGACUUCGCAACAAGCUUCUCCAAGGCGGGCCGGGGUGUCGGGCAUGACAUGGGCCAUGUCCAUGCGGACCUGGCAGAUCCUCUGGUCAAGGCGGUAGCUGAGAUCGGAUUCUCCACAUACAAAGCACUAGGUUGUAAAGAUGGAGGCCGGGUUGAUAUCCGCCUAGAUGGCGCCGUGCCAUAUGUCAUCGAGGUGAAUCCAAUUUUCGGACUGCGACCUGAUCACUCUUUGUUCACUUGGAUCGCAAAAAACAACGGAAUGGAAUACCAGGACAUCAUCGCCGAGAUUGUCGACAACGCUCUAGUGAGGCAGAAACCGGCGACGGUGCCCAAUGGUUUGAAGAAUUGA